AUGCAGGUGCCCUGUUCAGCCUGCGGCGCCUUACACUGGAUAGAUGAGCGGAAGAGCACUACCUCUGUAACAGACCCGCGAUUUACUCUCUGCUGCCUGGACGGCGAGGUCGACCUGCCAGCCCUCACACCGCUGCCGUCGUACCUGUAUCAGCUACUCAACACGAAUACUCUAGCAGCGCGGCACUUCCGUAAGGAGCUACGGGCCUACAACGCUGCCUUUGCGUUUACCUCGGUAGACUGUACACCUACCAGCCGUGGGGCGCAGGGCCCUGGCGUGCAGGUGUUUCAGAUCCACGGGGCCCUAUACCACCGCAGCGGCCCUGUAGAGGUUCUCGAGGGAAGCCUGCCGCAGUACGCUCAGCUAUACUUUUACGACCCACAGUACGCUGCCAACGCCCGCCACCAGCGGAACAGCCACUUACAGCUCCAGAUUCUCCAAGAUCUAACGGCAAUGCUAUAUGAGAUCAAUAACCCAUAUAUAUCUAUAUACCGCACGGCCCAGGAUCGGCUCAACAGUAGCGCUGCAGACGCCCGCGUCAUACUAACCAGCAGGCUUACACUAGCCCUAGAGACUGGGCAGGACCGCCGCAGGGAGAACGUACCUACUAGCGAUGAGCUAGGCCUAGUGAUACCUGACGCAGCAGGUGCAGAGACGUCCCGUCCCAUCGUCCUAGCGGCCCGUAACUCCAGCGCCCUGUUUACUAUCAGCGCCGCCCACCCAUCUUACAUGCCGCUACACUACGUACUGAUGUUUCCCCACGGGGAUUCUGGGUGGCGGCCGGGGCUAACGCUCCGUAACCAGGACGGAUCCCGUCUGCAGACGUCGCUGACCCAGCAAACCUACUAUCGAUACUAUCUACACCCCCGCCCUGGGCAGACUACAAAUCCGUUCCGCUUCUACAGGCUGUUUCAGCAGUACGUUGUGGAUAUCUGGGCUAUCUGCGACCAGGCCCGGCUGGCCUGGAUCCGAGCAAACCAGGCACAGCUGCGGGCAGACCUGUAUAGCGGUGUUGCUGAUGCCGUUAUGGGCAACAACGACGCCCAGGCAGGCCCUGUUGGACGCCGCGUUGUCCUGCCGUCGUCCUAUCUAGGCAGCUCACGAUUUGUCAGCCAGUGCUAUCAGGACUCUAUGGCUAUCGUCCGUCGAUAUGGCCGCCCUACCCUGUUUAUCACUUUUACAGCUAGCCCAUACUGGCCAGAGGUUGCCCGUGAGCUCCGCCCUGGGGAGACAGGCCUGAAUCGGCCUGAUCUAAUCUGCCGGGCCUUCCAUCUGAAGGUGCAGAAGCUAGUAGCCGAUGUGAAGAGCAACCUGUUCGGCACCCAUCUGGGCCACGUGUACACGAUUGAGUACCAGAAACGGGGCCUGCCCCAUAUACACCUGCUGCUGUUCCUGACCCCACACGACCGCGAGGCGUUCACGGAUCCUGUAACAAUUGAUAGCACUAUCCGGGCUGAGAUCCCUUCCCCUGUGGAUGACCCAGACGGCCUGCUUACAGAGGUUGUACGGACCUUCAUGCUUCACGGGCCAUGUGGGGAGCACAAUCUGCAGGCCCCGUGUAUGGUGCCUCAGCGCGACAGCGCCCCGCCGCGGUGCUCUAAGAACUUUCCCAAGCGUUACUGCCCAUCUACAGUGGUCCAUGAGGACGGGUACCCUGAGUAUCAGCGCCGGGAUGAUGGCCGCACGCUUGCUGUACGGUGUAAGGGCCGUAUUGUACACCUUGAUAACAGCUAG